AUGGUAACCCGCAAUCUAAUCUCUCCGCUCUCUAGGGUCCUUCCCUCAGUCAAAACCCCCGUCGUCCUCGGCGCGAUGGCCGGCGCCUCGGGCGGCGAUCUAGCAGGUUCUGUCUCGGCAGCAGGCGGCUUCGGCUUCAUUGGCGCAGGCUACCUCACUCCCACCUCUAUCCAAACCGAAGUCGAAAAAGCAUACGUUCAGCUCUCCAUCACUUAUUCUUCCCUUCUCUCUAACAAGAAGAGGGCUGAUUUUGGAAUCGGAAUCCUCGUCUGGCGUCUUACCGAAUUAAACAAUGGCAAACGACCGCACCAGUCCAGCCCCAAUAAGGCUGUCACUGACUUCUUAGAGGCUAUCCUCAAAGCUAGACCACGCGCUGUCUGGCUCAGUUUCGGAGAUGAAGAAGAGCUCACCUCUUGGCAAAACGUUCUUGUUGAGCUCGAUGAGAAGAUCAAUGCGGAUAUAAAGGGAAAGGAAGGAGAGGAGAUAAGGUGGUUCAUCAUGAUCGGCAGAGAGCAGGAGCUGCAGUCUGCAGUUGAGAAAUGUCGAUGCGAUGUGCUGAUUGUACAAGGCUGCGAGGCGGGAGGUCAUGGACAUUCGCAAGCUCCACCACUGUCUGCGUUGCUAUCGGGCGUUUUGAAACGCCUUCCUUCGUUGAAGUCGAAUAAUGUAGGGAAUACUACACCGCCGGUGCUGGGAGCCGGAGGUUUGGCAGAUGGCAAAUCGCUAGCGUCUCUCCUCGCAGCUGGCUGCGCAGGCGGUGUGUACGGAACACGCUUUGUUCUUACCCCUGAAUCAACAUAUUCGCAACUGCAAAAAGAGCAGCUGGUCAAGGCGAAGAGUUCAGCUACGCUUCGUACAUUCGCUUUCGACGAUGCUAGGGGAACACUGGGCUGGCCCAAAGGAACUGAUGGAAGAGGGUUGAGAAACAAAACGGUCCAAGAGUAUGAACAGGACCUGCAACAGGAGGUGAAAGAGGGAAGAGAGGACCCAGAAGGCGCAAAGAGGAGGAUGGAGAGAUACAAGCAAGCAGCGAAAGAGAACGAUACGGAUCGAAUUGUCAUCUGGUCUGGGACGGGUGUCGGAGCGAUGGACGCUAUUGUGCCUGUGAGGAAGGUGGUGCAAGAUAUCACAGAGGAGGCGAUCGAGGCGCUGGCUAGGGUUCAGGGCUAUAUUCAAUAG